AUGGUAACAAUCCCAAACUGCCAAGUCGGCGAUUCACUACCGAGCCUAGCCCUUUCGGGAGGACCGCAUCCCUUCUCCACUUCCCCGCCUGGAACAAUGAGGCAAAAUCAGAUGGCCGACGGCAACCACAGAACUGUGGGUGCGGUGGCACUCUGGAUCCCCAGUACCUUGCUUGGGUCCACGUUGCAUGACCUGGUGGCGGCCAAGGGCUGCUUCAUUGUUUUCACCAUUUUCUACGGUCUCUUCGCUAGUGCCUAUAUUGGGCUGUUCUCGCCGGCUCUCGUGGAACUCUUUGGUUUGCAGGAGAUGCCCCGUAUCACGGGUAUCAUGUACAUGGUGCAGGGAGCGGCUGGGUUGGUGGGCACCCCGGUGGCUGGAGUCAUGGUACGCACGUACAAUGGCGAGACUACCUCGCGUAGCUAUUUGGAUAUGGCUAUCUUUGUCAGUGCGUUGAUGGUGGCAUCUACCAUGACGGUUGCCUGGGCACGAAUGGAACAGGGAUUCGACCGUGUUAGUGGCCAUCUUACCUGGAACACAGGGCGUAGCCAGCAGAUGAUGCUGAUACACGCGCCGACAAAGUCACCAGUGGAACCUUAUGACAUUAAAUAUGUUAUCUGGGAGAGAAGUGCUGCAACUAUUCGAAGCCCUAAAGGUUGGAACCAUCCACCACUGUCGGUAGGACUCGGCUCGGCUGUGGAAAUGGCGGCCCGCAUACACAUGGCUAUCAGAAAUACGCAAGCGGCUUGCCACGGCUCACGGUGGGAAGGAAACGCGGCUAACUACUAUGCCGCAGUGUAUUUUCCGAGAUUGGUUGAUGAAUGGGGCCAAGGGAAAGCCAAGAAUUUCCAAACGUGCAUGCUCACUCUGAGGAACUCUCUGCGAUUUGAUGAACCACUCCACGUCCACUUUUACGGUAAGCACGGCGCCGAUUGUCACAGGCUGUGGAGUUUUAGCUACCCAGUGCAUUAUCUUCUACUCUGUAACAUUACUGGUAACAGCAGGAUCAUCCGCACAACUCCUAUAUAG